GUCAACAGUCUGCAGUCAGCCUGUUUGUCUUGGACGUCUUCAACCGCCCGACGAUUACCCAAUCACAUCAUCAGGCCUGUAAUUGCAUCACAUACAUCUGAUGAUGGGCCAGCCGGAGUGGGACUACAAGAGAGCGCUGGGCAGAUCUCAGUCAUCUGGCACCAGUGUGGUGGUGGACAUCGCGGUGAUGGGGGAGGCUCAUGGCUUGAUUUCAGACCUCCUGGCUGACCCCUCUCUGCCCCCCAACACCUUCAGCUCUUUGAAGGCAGUGAGUAACCUCCUGAGCACACAGAUCAACCUGCAGCCCCUGCACCGACCCCGCCUCCCUGCCGACCAAUCACACGCCUGCUCUGACUCAGAGGAGGGGCCAGAGAAGAUCGAAAGACUUGCCAUUCCAAAGCGUCUCAGAAGAAGCCUCCCUCCAGGUUUACUGCGGAGAAUUUCCUCCACCUGGACCACCACCACAUCAGCCACAGGACUGCCCACCAUCGAGCCCGGCCCAGUCAGGAGAGAGCGCUCAGCCAGCAUCAAACACAACACAGACAGUGAAUCAUGGAGCAACUCUGUUAUGAUGACCAUUUCCAAGAGCCGUUCCAUGUCGGCCUCCUGUGCUCCCUCCAUCACCAACCAUCUGUACAGCAAACCACUGGGAAAAUCAGGUUUCCCCUCUUCCAACACCUCACCUCUGGGCACCCCCUGCCCGUCCCCUCCGCUCCAGGGCACUCCGGUCACCAGCCCCACCAUUAAAACAUGUUCAGUGCAGCUUCCAGAGCCUUUGGGGCCCCCCACAGAGCGCCCCCCUGUGGCCCCCAGGAGCCAACACCGAGCCUUAACCCACAGUCAGAGCGCACCCAGCUCCACAACCCCUCACUGGAGACCCCCGUCACUCUGCACCAGGUUACACUUUGUACAUUAUCAAAAUUGUGGCAGACCGUAUAGCAGAAUUACCAAUGGAGUGGAGCCUGUUGACAAAGUAGACAGGAUACCUAAUCCAGAUGAGCGAAUAGUAGCAUCUUCAGACUAUGACAGCACCUAUGACAGCACCUACGAGACCAACCACAGUGACAGCAGCGAUUUUGCACCCAAUGAAGAAGAUGGAGAGCCCAAGAAGCAGCAUGAAGGAAAAGACAGUUGCCGGCAAUGUCCAGCAGAGGGCAUUGUACUACAUCCUCUACUGCCGUCCCCAGAGGACAAAGUCACCCCAGCCCACGAGAGUCCACUUGUGCCAGGACUAGAGCCUUUGAUGAGUCAGCUCAACAACUGGAAUUUUCCUAUUUUCAGUCUGGUUGAAAAGACUAACGGGAAAACUGGCUGCAUUCUCAGCCAGGUUUCUUAUAAGCUCUUUGAGGAAACAGGCCUGUUUGAAAUGUUUAAGAUUCCAGUUCAAGAGUUUAUGAACUAUUUCCACGCUCUAGAAAAUGGUUACAGGGACAUUCCAUAUCACAACAGGAUUCAUGCCACAGAUGUACUGCAUGCUGUGUGGUACCUCACCACGCAGCCUGUGCCUGGCCUGCCCACCCCACUCACAGAAAAUGGCAUUCACUCAGAUUCGGAGAAUGGCAUCUGUCGCAGUUCAACAGGUUUUCUAAAGUUAAACUCUGACCUGGAGGAGGAGUACGGCUCCUUAGCUCGCCUUGUCCCCGGCCUGGAGCUCAUGGCUCUGUAUGUUGCAGCCGCAAUGCAUGACUAUGACCAUCCAGGAAGAACCAAUGCCUUUCUAGUAGCCACCAGUGCACCGCAGGCACUUUUGUACAAUGACCGCUCAGUUUUGGAAAACCACCAUGCAGCUGCCGCCUGGAACCUCUUCAUGUCUCAACCUGAAUUUAACUUUCUGGCCAACCUUGAACAUGUGGAGUUCAAACGCUUCCGGUUCCUCGUCAUUGAGGCCAUUUUGGCCACUGACCUCAAAAAGCACUUUGAUUUCCUUGCAGAAUUUAAUGCAAAGGUGGGGGAUGAAGGAGUUUCCAGUAUUGAUUGGACCAAUGAGAAUGACAGAAUGUUGGUUUGCCAGAUGUGCAUAAAGAUCGCAGAUGUCAACGGCCCUCUUAAGAAUAAGGAAUUGCAUUUGCAAUGGACGGAAGGCAUUGUCAACGAAUUCUAUGAACAAGGUGAUGAAGAGGCCAGCCUGGGCCUCCCCAUCAGCCCAUUCAUGGACCGCUCGGCUCCACAGCUGGCCAAACUGCAAGAGUCCUUCAUCACUCACAUCGUGGGCCCCCUCUGCUCGUCGUACCACUCUGCGGCCCUCAUGCCCGGCCACUGGGUGGACUCUGCAGAGGGAGAGCUAGAGGACACCAGUGAACACAGAGACACAGAGGAGGAGGAGGAAGAGGAGGAUACAGCCGAAGAUGACGUGUCCACAAUUUCUGCCACUUCCCAAACCAAACAGGAAAGUCGACGGAAAGUGUUUUGCCAGAUCACGCAGCAUUUGUUGGAGAACCAUGAGAUGUGGAAACGUGUCAUCGCAGCCGAAUCGCCCGAGCAAGUCCAAGUCGAAAGUUCGAACUGCAUGGGAAACCCGAGCGACGCCAUCACAGCCAUCCGCGAGGAAGAGGAGGAACAGGCCAGUAAAGAGGAGGAAGAUGAAACCAACUGCCUCCACGACCAGGACCAGGAAAAAGAAAUCCUGCUCCAAUCAGGGACUUCAGGGGAAAAGGAGGAGGAGCCAGAGUGACCUUUGACCUCUCCCAACCAGGAACAUUGUCUAAAAAAAGUUUUAUUCCUAAGUAAACUCUUGAUAAAGGUAGCCAGCACAUCACUUUUGACACAACACUGUAGAAGAUGUUUUGGGUAAUAUGUGCCUAAUAAUAACAGGGUUUAAGGACGGGGACAUUGCAUAUUUAAUUAACCUUAAAUGCGAGAGGUGCAAAAGAUGAAGCGUCAGAGAAGUAGAGCUAGCUGUAAAAAAUGUGCUUUUUAUUACAUUUUUUAUGUGCGUGGAUGCGUUCUCUACCCCACAAUCAUUUUACUUACUCUUUAAUAUAUAUGGGAAAUAUAACGUCCCACCGUGCCGCCCACCCCUUCCUCCCACUACAACCACCUCACCCACCGAACCUACACAAUGGGAUGAAAGCUUGGAGACCCGAGAAAAAAUUGUCAGUCACAGUUACAAG